UUUGAAAUAUCAUCGAGCGUUUUGAAUUCUUUAUCACAAAUAUCUUGACAAAAAAGUGAUUAGGUUUUUGCUCUAAUUUUGCUUUUCUUUGCUAAUAUUCUUUUUUUUUUAGCUUUAGUUACACUGCUUUCGUUGAUAAUAAUUCGCUUAUAAAUCAACCUAUCAACCAUGGACAUAGUGUUAGAAGGAUUUGAUUAUUAUAUUUUCGAUAAAUUUUACGCCUCUCUUUUCCCCAUUUCAUUGAAUGGCCAUUUACCAACUUCGAUUUCUAAAAAUCUCAAGUUGGGAAAUUAUUCUUCAACAUUAAAUGAUUACAUUCAACUACAAAAACAAUCUAGCUUAAAUGAUGAUAAUGAGCAUCUAAUUAAAUUGACCAAAGAAUAUAUCACUGAAAAGGAUAUAUACGGUUAUUUUGCUAAAUUUUUUCCAGAAAAUGAAGAUAUGUAUCUUUCAAUUUUCAGUAGAAAUCAUCUAUUUAGAGAAUUCUUAAGUUUGAUGAUAGUGAUGACUAUAUUUGGUUGGAUUCUCUAUUUAACUUGUGCAACUUUUUCCUAUAGAUAUGUGUUUGAUAAGGAAAUCUUUAACCAUCCAAGAUAUCUUAAAAAUCAAAUGUCUCUUGAAAUAAAACAGGCAGUUUCUGCGAUUCCCAUCAUGGUUCUUUGCACUGUUCCUUGGUUUAUGCUUGAUAUUAAUGGAUAUUCAAAUUUAUAUCUAAACGUCAAUGAAACUUCUGGUGCUUGGCCUUAUGGUUGGAAAGCCAUCUUCUUUGAAUACUUCACUUUUAUUAUGUUUACAGAUUGCGGAAUUUACUUAAUUCACAGAUGGUUGCACUGGCCAAAAGUUUAUAAAAUGUUCCAUAAACCACACCAUAAAUGGAUCGUCACAACUCCCUUUGCUUCUCAUGCUUUCAACCCAUUUGAUGGUUAUUUUCAAUCUGUUCCUUAUCAUAUUUAUCCUGCUUUAUUUCCCUUGAAUAAAGUCUCAUAUUUGAUUUUGUUCACCUUUGUUAAUUUUUGGACCGUAAUGAUUCAUGAUGGUGAAUACUUAACUAAUGACCCAGUUGUCAAUGGUGCUGCUUGUCAUACUGUCCACCAUUUAUAUUUCAACUAUAAUUAUGGUCAAUUCACAACCUUGUGGGAUAGAUUAGGCGGUUCCUAUAGAAAACCUGAAAGAGAAUUAUUUGAUAAAUCAAAAAAAAAAGAAAAACAAACUUGGGAAAAACAAAUAGAAAAAAUGGAAAAAAUUAGAAACACUGUUGAAGGAAAAAAUGAUGACAGAGUUUACGGUACUGAAAAUUUCUUAUUGAAGAAAAAAAAAUGAUUUCGUAAAACAAAUUAAAAAACCCUUCUUUGAAUUAUUUCAACAAAUCAACAAAAUUUUCCCUAAAAUCAAAUUUUCCAAUUUUUACACAAAUUGAACGAUUUUUGUACGAUAAAAACAUUUCCACCUCUGAACAUUAUGUUGAUUUUAACUAUUAACAUUGCCCUUAUUCUAAUAAAAUUGAUAUUCUUUGUAUGAUGUUAACAUGAUAAAUAUUCCAAAGCUUUACGCAAUUAUUUAUUAUUCCUUUUGUUAUCAUUUAUUUUUAUUUUAUUUUUAUUUCUAUUUUUUUGCCAAUCUUAUUUUGUUUUAUAUUUCAAAUUUCACUUUUACUAUUAACCAUACUUGUUUUAUACACAAAGAUAUUUUUUUUUUGUUGCUUUCAUAAUAUUUUUAAUUUUUAGUUCUCUAUGCCCUUUU